AUCAUUCCUCGCACAGCAGAGUUUGAUCUGCUCUUGUGGUGGAAAUUGAAUGGUUUGAAGUAUCCUACCUUGCAAUCAAUCGCAAGGGACUUUCUGGCAAUCCCUAUUACUUCUGUGCCUUCUGAGAGUGCAUUUAGUUCUGGUGGGAGGUUGUUAGACCCUCACCAGAGCAGGCUGCAUUAUUCGACUGUGGAGGCAAUGAUGUGUACUAGGAGUUGGAUAAUGGAGGACAUGCAACGAGAUUCGGAGGCUGCUGUGGAGGCAUUGGAUGGACUCUUCUCAACAAUGACACUCGAAGAUACAACUGUGGAAGAGGCAGAACCUGGUGGUCCAGAACUCACCUUAAUGAGAUCACCAUUUGCCCAUGAAGACUGAUUGGUAAUCUGCUGUGGGACCAAGUUUCAAUUGAUGAUUGCUGGUCUGCUGGUUUACAUCGAUUGGAAUGAGGGUCAGGGGUGGUCGGGUGGAUGAUUUCUCAAUUCUCAAUGAUUCGAUGUUGCUGGAAUGUUGCUGCGUUGCUGUUGCUGUUGCUUGAACCUAUUUCAUUCUACUGUUUUUGGAUAAGAUUUAGAAUUUUGGGAACGUCCUUCUAUUUGGUUGUUUGGUUCAUUUGAUAUUUUGAUUUGAUCAUUUCUAGUCAUAAACAGGAAACAUAUGUUGUUUUUGGUUGUUGUUGCUGAGCUGCUUGGCAAGCUUUCAGAGUUUCAGUUGUUUAUUUGAACUUUGAAGUCUUUUUAAGUUUAAACAGACUAGUCAGUAUGAAAUAUGAAUAAAGUGUCCAGUUUCCAG